AUGACCGCAGGCAAGGCCGCUAAAGGUGUCGCAGCACUGAGUAGACUUAUGGCCAACACGAUUGGACCCAAGUCAAGUAAACGGCGAUUAUUGAUGUCGACUGUUCAAUCGGUUCUUCUAUAUGGCGCUGAGAUUUGGGCAGUAGUUCUAUCGAAGGAAAAAUAUAGAAAACGUUUGGCCCAAGUGCAGAGACAGGCAGCACUCAGAGUAGCUUCAUCUUACCGCACAGUUUCCGAACCUGCAGUGCUGGUUAUCGCAGGGAUAGCACCUAUAGCUCUACUUGCCAGAGAACGGUAUGCCAUAUACCAAAGAAUAACCGAAUUGAACCAAAAAGAAGUUAAAAAGGAGGAAAUCAACAGGACUUAUGAAGCAUGGCAGAGAUUAUGGGAACAGGAGAGUAGGGGUCGCUGGACUGCGCGACUUAUUAAAUCGGUGAAAACCUGGACACAAAGGGAACACGGGGAAAUAAAUUAUUACUUGACCCAGUUUCUAGCGGCCACGGCUAUUUUUUAUCGUAUCUUGAAAAAAUGA